UUUGAACUAGCAGCAUCUAACAAUAAGAGGAAGCUCGUUUAUUGAUCGAUUUCGAGACUUCAUUUGCUUCCCAGUUCUUGUUUUCCGUUUUUGGUCUCGUGCCAUGCAGCCGUCGUGUACCAAAGCGAUACUAUCGUUACUCGUAGUCGCAACGUGCACUUGCGCACCUUCUAAGGACGAUCCUCCUUGUGAUUGCGAUUAUUGCAAUGACAAAACACAGGAUGAUGAUACGAUAAAGGAUGAGGAAAAUUCGACGUUAAAAUCGCAAUUGUAUAAAGAGGACAGAGAUGGUGACGGUGAUCGUACGAUCUGCGCUCGUGAUCGCGAUUUCGAUGAUCGAACAUUCCCAAGCGUGUGUCAUAUGUUCUGUUACAAUCGUUGUCUGAUAAUGCGACAUUCCACUGUCACAGAGAACGACGAAAAGAAAUAUGUCGCGAUCGCUUAUAGAACUAAUUUCUAUAAACUGCGAGAUGGCGAAUGUUAAGGAAAGGAAAUCUCUGCUGUAACGUGGUCCCAUUCUGCCGUGUGUAUUGGGAAAAAUUUCUACGAGGUUAGUAAAUGUUCAAAUUAAUUGAUCCAACGUUUACGGCGUUCAGCGCUUUUCCAUUAAAUGAUGGUAAUUAUACAUAUAGAAGUGAACUGUCCAUUCAAUACUUUUAUGUCAAUUAAAUUGUGUACAAUAUGAAUUAAAAGUCGGCUUCUGUUCAAAUCUCUUUCUAAAUUACAUUAAAAAGAAGUGGACUUCA